UAUGAGCUUCACUGGAAAAUAUGAACUCCAAUCCCAUGAAAACUUUGUGCCAUUCAUGAAAGCCAUUGGUCUUUCUGAUGAGUUGAUAGAAAAGGGCAAGGAGGUCAAAAGCAUCUCAGAAAUUGUGCAGGAGGGCAAGAAGUUCAAGGUCACCGUGACAACUGGCAACAAGGUGCUGACUAAUGAAUUUACUAUUGGAGAGGAGGCCGAGUUGGAGACCCCAACAGGAGAGAAGAUUAAGUCCGUUGUUCAAAUGGAAGGAAACAAUAAGCUAAUUGUCAACUUGAAGGACAUCAAGUCAGUCACUGAAAUAAGCGGAGACAACAUCAUUAAUGUCGAAGCAUCUGUCAGCAUACAAGCUGCCGAAAUACUAGAUCCACGCCCUAUUCCCCAGCCAGAUCGAUUCAAUCUCUAA